CCAGAAACUUUGGUCUCUCUUUGUAUCACUCCCCAGAGAGAGAGAGAGAGAGAGAGAGAGAGAGAGAGAGGAAUGGGAAAAAUGGCGGCGUUGGGAGCAAGAGGGGGCGGACUGGUGCUGCCAAAGCCGGUGACUUUCGUGACUGGAAACGCCAAGAAGCUCGAAGAAGUGCGCGCCAUCUUGGGCAACUCCAUACCCUUCAACUCCCUCAAGCUCGACUUACCGGAAUUGCAAGGGGAGCCUGAGGACAUCUCCAAAGAGAAGGCUAGGUUGGCUGCCCUUCAGGUUAAUGGUCCUGUGCUUGUGGAAGACACUUGCCUCUGCUUCAAUGCCCUCAAGGGUCUUCCUGGGCCUUACAUCAAGUGGUUCCUGCAGAAGAUUGGACAUGAAGGACUCAACAAUAUGUUGAUGGCUUAUGAGGAUAAAUCUGCUUAUGCUUUGUGUGCUUUUUCUUUCGCCAUUGGGCCUGAUGCUGAGCCUAUUGCAUUUCUGGGUAAAACUCCGGGGAAAAUAGUUCCUGCAAGGGGACCAAAUGAUUUUGGAUGGGAUCCAAUUUUUCAACCUGAUGGUUAUGAGCAAACCUAUGCCGAGAUGUCAAAGGAAGAAAAGAACAAGAUUUCUCAUCGCUACAGAGCUCUUGCACUAGUGAAGUCUCACUUUGCUGAAGCUGCAUAUACUUUUGAGACCAACUAGUCUACCUAGGACUGAGUUUCUUCAUCAUGUUGCCUCUGCAUAGGCUUCCAUAGUAUGCAACCUUUUCCUGUCAUUAGCAAUUCUUCCAGUCUUGUUUGAUGGUCUACAAAAGCUAGAGGCAAAGUGGAAGUUACAGUUCAAACCAUUUAGUAUCUGUGCUCAUGCGAAAAUGAGAGGUUAGUGGAGAAAUACUGAAAUAGCUUUCUUGCCUGUGUUUUGAGCUACAUGUUAUAAACUAUUAAACUUUUCGACUGCUAUGCUCAAUUCAGAGAAAAGUAUUAUGAACUAUAAAGGUAUGAACUGUUCAAAUAGUUAUGGAAACCGUUCUCUAACUCCAUUAGUGUCACUCUUUACUAGUUUUAUUUUUACCC